GAACUCCCAAUCUCGAAUCCACGGUUUUAAGUGGUUAGUGUUAAUGCCCCGCUAAAACCCUAAACGUUACCAUCCAUCUUCAUCGUCGAUCGUUGUCGACCGCUGCUCCUCCUCCUCCUCCAUUCCAAGAACCCUCGCAGGAAUCGCAUCCCGAAGAUCACACAGAAAUGAGACAUUCAUGGCGUUUGCUUCUCUUCCGAACCCACCUCUGUUCAAGAUCGAACAUCCCAAGACCCUCUCCGCACCCGUCCUCGCUCUCCAAUCCAAAUCUCCAGUCGCUUCGUCACUUGACUCUGCUUUUCCACACGAACCCUCCUCAUAACUCGCCUCCAGGACUUCCGUUUGAUGCCCAAGUCGCGAGCUUGGCGAGACCCAAUAACUACUUCGUAGCCAGGCCCUUCUCGUCGGAGCCGGCUGUUGAAGUGGAGGACUCGGAUCACGCGGUUGUCGCUGAUGCUUUCGCUAAAUUCGAGGACUCGGAGGUUGCGGCGAAGGAGCUGGAGUUGAAAAAUGUCACCGUGAGCCAUGACUUGGUUCUGAAGGUCUUAUGGAGUCUCUCUGCUAGUCCUUGCGCUGCACGUAAGUUUUUCGAUUGGGUUUCGGGGAGGCAUAGUGAGGCAUUGAGCUCGAAAUCGUAUGAUUUGAUGCUGGGUAUACUGGGUGCGAAUGGAUUUAUCUCUGAGUUCUGGGGUUUGUUUGAGACUAUGAAGGGAAGGGGUUAUGGCGUGUCGGGACGCGUUAGAGAUAAAGUGUUGGAGACGUUUGAGAAAGAGGGGAGAGAGAGUGAUGCGGAGAAGCUGAGAGGUGUUUUCGCGUCUGGAUCGAUUAAUAACUCUCUCGAGAAGAAUCCCUCCAGGAUUUGUAGGAUAGUGAAGAAUGAGGUUUGGAGUGAAGAUGUUGAGAAGAAAUUGCGGGAGUUGGAUGGCAAGUUUUCGACUGAUGUGGUUAAGAUUGUACUGGAAAAUCUUGCUACCGAGCCCAUGAAAGCGCUGAUAUUAUUCCGGUGGGUCGAAGAAAGUGGUUUAUUCAAGCACAAUGAGCAGACAUAUAAUGCCAUGGCGAUUGUCUUAGGGAGAGAAGAUUGUAUCGAUAGAUUUUGGAAGCUGGUUGAUGAAAUGAAGGUUGCCGGGUAUGAAAUGGAAAUGGAGACUUACGUCAAGGUAUUGGGUCGGUUUUGUAAGAGGAAGAUGAUCAAGGACGCCGUCUAUUUAUAUGAGUUUGCAAUGGGGGGUGUCAUUAAGCCUUCACCGCAGGAAAUUACAUUCCUAUUGAGGAAAAUAGCUGUUAGCAAGGACUUUGAUAUGGGUCUUUUUUCUAGAGUUGUAAAGGUCUAUACAGAGAAAGGGAAUGCGCUGACAGACUCCAUGCUUUAUACAGUUUUGAAGUCUUUAGCCAGUGUCGGAAGAUUAGGGGAGUCCGACAAGGUUUUGAAAGUAAUGCAGGAGUACGGGUUCUUACCUGGUGGAAAUCUCCAGAACAAAAUUGCAUUCUGGCUUAGUAGUUCUGGUAGAAAGGAUGAGGCGAGUAAAUUUAUGGAUACGCUAGAAUCAUCUGGGCUUACUUCUGAUUUCACAACCACUACGUCGCUAAUGGAAGGGCAUUGUGUUUCAGGAGAUAUUGAAAAGGCUUCAGAAUAUUUCCACGAGAUGGUUAAGAAGGAGGUGGGUUCUUCUGCUAGCCGAGCUCUUGAUUCAUUGGUUAAUGCAUAUUGCGAUAAGAACAGAGCUCUUGAUGCUUGCCGAAUUUUGAAAGAUUGUGCAUCCAACCAUGAGCUGAAGCCUUGGCAUACGACGUACAAACUUUUGAUAAAGAAAUUGCUGGCUCAAGGAGGAUUCGAAGAUGCAUUGACACUUUUGAGUUUGAUGAAGGAACAUGGAUACCCACCUUUCCUCGAUCCUUUUAUCCAGCACAUAUCAAGGAAAGGAACCAAAGAUGAUGUUCUUGCUUUUCUAAAGGCAAUGACCACGAAAAAAUUCCCAUCUACAUCUGUGUUUCUAAAAUUGUUUGAAGCCUUCUUCAAGGUUAGGAGGCAUAAUGAAGCACAAGAGCUUCUUUCUAAGUGCCCGAGACACAUACGUAACCAUGCAGACGUCUUGGAUCUCUUUUGUUCAAAGUCUAAAAGGCACUGUUGACACUGUGGAUCUAUGGUACUACUUAUUACCCCCUUGGUAAAACCCUGUUGUGCUAUGCGAGGAUUAUGUAGAAUAUCUUGUUACCAAGAAUUUUGGUUGGAAAAAGAGUUUUUGUUCAAUUUGUUCACUAUUGCAUGUCCUCAGAAAGGCAAGCACACCGGAUAUUCUUGCAAAUGAAGCCUGAGGCGUAAGGCCAUUCUUUCCUUGCAUUUAUUUGGCUAAUUAUAUAGCACCAUUUCGAAGUUUUUGGUGAUAUGGAUUAUAUUGAUGAUACACUUGCAACC